CGGUAAGGCGCCCUUUCGCUGCUUUCCGAGUGCCUGCUCAAACAUGGACUUCAGGGAAAUUCUCCUGAUAGCCUCCAAAGGACAAGGUGUCAACAAUGUGCCGAAAAGGUAUAGUUUGGCAGUGGGGCCUCCCAAAAAAGACCCAAAAGUUAAAGGUGUCCAAUCAGCAGCCGUACAGGCUUUUCUUAGAAGAAAAGAAGAGGAGCUCAGACAAAAAGCUUUAGAGGAGAAAAAAAGAAAAGAAGAACUAGUGAAAAAGCGAAUUGAGCUCAAACAUGACAAAAAAGCAAGAGCUAUGGCCAAGAGGACAAAGGAUAAUUUCCAUGGUUACAAUGGGAUUCCUAUUGAGGAAAAGUCAAAGAAGAGGCAGGCAAUGGAAAGCCUUACCAGCCAGGGAACAGACCAAGAGUAUGAGAUGGAAGAAGAGGAUGACUUCUUAGAAUACAAUCAAGGAGAGUCAGAGCAGGAGUAUGAGAAAGAACAAGAACCUCCCAAAGUUGAAAGCAAACCAAAGGUUCCCUUUAAAAGUGCCCCACCACCCAUGAACUUCACUGAUUUACUCAGGCUGGCUGAGAAAAAGCAGUUUGAACCAGUUGAGAUCAAGGUAGUGAAGAAAUCAGAAGAGCGGCCUAUGACUGCAGAAGAAAUUAGGGAGCGAGAAUUCCUUGAACAAAAGCAUAGGAAAAAGAAACCUGAGACAGAUGCAAAACUACCUCCAACUGUGUCCAAAAAGACACCCUCUCAGAAAGAAAGCAUGGGCACAAAACUUAGCAAAGGUUCUGGGGACAGGCAUUCUUUUCCCAAGGGAAUGCCCCUUCCUCAUGCUGAGAAGAAAUCCAGAUCCAGCACAGCCAAUGAGAAACAUUUAGCUUUGUCUUCAUCCAAAGCCAUGCCAGGAGAAAGGACCAAGGCAGGAUCUGGCAAUAGCUCCCAACCCUCGCUUCGUGAGGGCCAUGACAAACCUGUUUUCAAUGGGGCUGUAAAGCUGCACUCCAGCACCUAUUCACCAAGUGUCCCAAAGACUUCUGCUGGUGGGACUCAGAAAUUUAAUACUGAGCACAAAGCCAAAAAAUCUCCUUCCCAUCCCAGCCAUUCCAUGCCUGGGCCCACAGUCACCCCACACAGUAAGGCUAAGAGUCCAGGUAUCAGGCAGCCAGGCAGCAGCUCCAGCUCAGCCCCUGGGCAGCCCAGCCCAGGGACUACUCGGUCCACAGUUAGUUCUGGCCAUGUGUCCAAGCACCAGAAUAGCGGCUCCAGCUCAGGACCUGAGCGAUCGGUCAGUGGGACCAAGAGGCCAGCCAGUGACUCACAUCUCUCUGGGCGGACAAUCAGUGGUGCAAGUGGCCCUGGACGACCUGCAAGCAGCUCAAGUGGCCCCGGACGACCUGCAAGCAGCUCAAGUGGCCCCGGACGACCUGCAAGCACCUCAAGUGGCCCUGGGCGACCCAUCAGUGUCUCAGGUUGUUCUGGGAGACCUGUGGGCAGCUCUGGAGGCAUUAGGCGGCCUAUGAGCAGUCCACGUGACUUUCAACGACGAGUGAGUGGUUCAGGCCCCCUUGGGCGAUCCAUAAGUGGAUCAGUUCCAGCUGGAUGGACUGUCAGUCGUUCAGGCCCUGGAAGACCAGUUAGCAGCUUGGAACCUGGGCAAACAGUUAGUAGCCCAGGUCCCUCCAUAAAGCCCAAGUGCACUGUUGUCUCAGAAACAAUUUCUUCCAAGAAUAUCAUCAGCCGGUCCAGCAAUGGACAGAUGAAUGGAAUGAAGCCUCGCCUAUUUGACUACAGAUCUGCCCAAGGUCCUCAAAGAAUUCCCUUCCCUACUGGUUACAAAAGGCAGCGAGAAUAUGAAGAGGAAGAUGAUGAAGAUGAUGAAUAUGACUCUGAAAUGGAAGAUUUUAUUGAAGAUGAAGGAGAACCUCAGGAAGAAAUAUCCAAGCACAUUCGAGAAAUCUUUGGCUAUGACCGAAAAAAAUACAAGGAUGAAAGUGAUUAUGCCUUACGUUACAUGGAGAGUAGUUGGAAAGAGCAGCAGAAGGAAGAAGCAAAGAGCUUAAGACUAGGUAUGCAAGAAGAUUUAGAGGAAAUGAAGCGUGAAGAAGAAGAAAUGAAACGUCGGAAGGCCAAGAAGCUGAAGAGGCGUUAGCUGCUGCUUUUAUUUAUU